UACAAUUACCAACUGCAGUCUAUGGAACUACACUUCUUCCAUGGAUAAUCUUUGAUAUUGACUACAACCCAGCAUUCGUUUCGACCUUCUCGUGAUGGGCUCUAUGUCCCAAGUCGCAACCGUCCGAACGUCCCCAUCUCUGUCUCUGCCAGUGCCUUUGCCUUGAUGAUAACGAACUCUAAUGUAAAUGUAAUAUGACAUUAUUCCAGCCUGAGAAAUACACUCGCAAUUCACAGUAACUUAUCGGCAUUUUCACGCUCCACGUUCUGCGGCAUUCCGCGAGAGCGCCACACACGUACAUACCUAGGUACAUACAAGUGCCUCAUACAUACAUACACACCAACCAGUCAAACCAUCAUCCCAGGCAUUAAGUCGAUUCAAUCCCAGGCAAUGCAUUCCAUACCCAGGAAACCCAUAUCCUCACCACCGCCCUCAACACCCGACGAACCCUCAAACUACAAAUACCCACCCUUCACGGACCCAGCCAACGAGCUCCGCCUCCUAGAACUCCAACCCUCAUCCGACCCCUCAGCACCCUUAGUAUGCAAGAUAGAAGCGUACCGGCUCGGCGCAGCCCCAGAAUGCAUCCUACCAGAGUACCUCGCCCUCUCCUACGUCUGGGGAGACGCCAGCCAGCGGGAACCCAUCCUCAUCGACGCAGACGACUACUACACGAACGGCGAGCCAGGCCUCCGCCAACUCGACAUCUCGAUCAACCUUGCGUGUGCGCUGCGUCGGCUGAGGAGCCUCCGGAGCUUCGACUGGGAGUCUAAGGGCGUGAUGAGGCUGUGGGCGGACGCAAUCUGCAUCGACCAGACGUGCAUCCCGGAGAGGAACUCCCAGGUGCGGAUCAUGCAUAGGAUCUAUGCGUCCGCGCAGACCGUGUGGAUCUAUCCGAUCGAUGUGUCUGCGAGGAGUGGGACGCAUGGUGCGGCAAGGGAGACGAGGACGAUGUCGAGGCGGCAUAGGACGUUUUUCAAUGAGGCGUAUUGGGGGAGGGCGUGGUGCGUACAGGAGAUCUUCUUCGCGAAGGAGGUGUGGAUUCUGUAUGGGGAUCAGGAGGCCCCGUUGGACUUCAAGAGCUGGAAGCCAGGCACGCCGCUCGUGACGGGAUUGGGGUUCUUUGGACAGCCGCCGAGGCAUCUUCAGUCUGAGGUUUAUCAUCUUAAGAGGAUUAAGUAUACGGAGUUGGUAGAUGCUUCGACAGGUCCGCAUCUGUUGUAUAACCUUCUCUGGCAGUGUCGACACCGCCGCGCCUUUCUUCCCCAGGAUAAAAUCUACUCCCUGAUGAACAUCCUCCCAGCCAGUACGACGCUCCGACAAGACUACAGCAAAGAUUCCGCGAGCGUGUACGGCGUCUUCAUGAAAGAAGUUAUCAAACACGGGUCCUCACACCUCCCCUGCCGCCCCCUGGACUUCCUCUCCCCGACCCACAACAUCUCGACCCCGCUCUCGCCCGGGCUCCCAACCUGGUGCCCGGACUUCUGCGAAUACGCCGAUACCGUCGACAUCCUGGACAACGUGCCCGCCACACACUCCAUGCUCACGAUGUUCGUCCGCAAGAUCGGCCGCACGCAGUCCAAGUCCGAAGACUACCAACCGUGGUUCUACCUCCGGCAGCGGUGCCAGGCCGACGGGCAGACGACCGAAGGGCCCGUGGGAACCGUGAUCCCUUCGUGGGACAUCCCCAUCUCGCCGUUGUCAUGCCUCGUAGCGGCCGACGUCAGCGACGAAGAGCCAGACACGGAGCUCACGAUUCGCGGCGUGCGGCUCGGGACCCUCAGCCAGCUCGGCGACGUGCUGGACCUGCACGAAACGAAGUUCACGCUCGCGGCGCCGCCGGAGGAAGCCAUACGCGCGUGGAAGCCGUUCGGGACUGGCGUAUACAAGCCGACGCUCGAGAGCGCGUCGCUGGCGCUCGUGAAGACGCUGCUGAUCAAUUCGCGGCUGUCGGAGUGGAGCCAGGCGGCUGCGGCGGGGGUGCUGAAGCAUGUUGUUUUUGGCGCAGAUCCGGAUCCAGGGGAAGCGUUUUCACCGUCGUCGUUUGCGGCUGAUACGCCUGUGGCGGAGUACCUGGCGGAACUGAAGGCUUGUCUGCCGGGGUGGCGAUUCGCGGUCACGUCGGCGGGUCAUUUUGCUAAGGUGCCGAAUGCGGCGAGGGAGGACGACGUUGUGUGUGUUCCGUUGGGGAGUUCGACGCCGAUGGUGCUGAGGCAGAAGGAGGGGAAGAGGUAUGAGCUUGUUGGAAGGUGCUUUGUUCAUGGGUACAUGACGGGUAAGGCGAUGUUCAAGCUUGAUAUUGCAUCACAGAAGGUCAUUGGGAGGAGGAGCAAGAGUGAAUUGACAGAGGAGGAUUGGAAUAAACUUAGGGAGAUCGUGAGGAGGGAACUGGAGCCUUUUAUUUUAGUGUAGAUGGGUUAGUAUCAGGUUGAUGUCUGAUAGUCGUCAAAUAUUCAGUUCGUCAGUUCAGGAGGCUCACGUGAGGGUACUGAUGCGUAAGAGGCAUUUUCUACGGAAGAGGAAGGAAACGACCUGAAGAGAGGGUUACCUACCUAUUUCACUGCUUACAUACUACUCUCUCGCUUCAAUACUGC